CACUCAGUACUCUUAUAUCAUGGACAUACUCUUAACUACUCUUAGUCUAGAAUGAGAAACUUUACUGUACUGCAAAAGGACAAAACUUAACAGAAUGGGGCUUUUUCCAGCUACAGGUGGCAAAAUUCACUCAGAUAUAUACAUUUUGUAAUUACUUUAUUUAAAUCACAGGGAUAAAGUAAAGAUUAAGCAUCAAAAAUCCGACUGAGGUUAUAUAAUACACAUAUAUAUUAUAAAAUAAAUACCCAUAUAUUAAUAACAACAGACAAACUAGUGCAACCAUGAAAUUGUGAAAUAAUCCAUGUCUUAAACUCAGUUCAUUAUUGUUAUUUCAUCCAGUUUGCUUCCAUAAUAAGGUGUUUCUUAUUCAAUUCCAGCAGGUUUUAUUUCUUAAUAUAAUGUAAUAUCAUUGUAGUCACUAAUGCCACUUUUCAUCAAAAAGUCUGUCACUGUCAAUCAAGACAAAAAUGACUAAGCUAAUAAUGUGACUUUACUUUACAAAAUUACAUUAUGAAAUAAAAAGGGAUUUUCUUUAAAUUAAAACCUAAGGAAAUAAAAACAGCCAACAGUAAACUGGUAUUUUGAAAAUAGGGUGGAUAAAAUAACAUUUCAUAAUUAUAAGCUGAGUUUUAAACAUGUAUAGAAAUUCAGUCACAUGGUUUAGUUGUAUAUUAUUUAUUUAUUCGUAAGAUUAUUUAUAUCGUCUUGUAUUUUCAUUUAAUUCUGAAUAUUUUGAGUGUCCAUGCAUAGAGGCUACAAAUGGAAAUUAGUUUCCAUGUCUGUUUACUUUUGUGCGAUUAAACCAGUUUUCCCACAGCCAGGGAAGGCAGCACAGUUUAACAAGGCCGAGUGCCUGAAAGUCAUUUGUUUUCCCUGAAUCGGCCUGACUGGAUUGGACGGCCGGGGGUCCCGCCCACAAACACACAAGGUGGAGUUGAAAAGAAAAAACAUGCUGGGCCAAAAUGAAGCUGUCAAACAGCCGCUUACAGUUUGGUAAAAGAGAAAUGGGCAAUGUGAAAAGACGAGAAGACUGCCAUGUGGACGUAUUAGAUAAUUAUCUCUUGAGUUGAAAUCUGACACUGAUGCAUGAAGAUUAUAAACUUAAAUAAUAUACAUUUUUUAUGUGAAUUACAUUAAGUUAAGGGAGUAUGUGAGAUUAGCCGGUUGCAUUAAAUUAGACAACCAUUGACACAGCUUUGGCUUUCAUGAAACUUUCAGCGACCUAAGAAAAUAUUACAAACUUCGGCUGGAGAUCAGAUAGGGUGGCCUCCGGGAGUAAAAAAUAAUCGCCCGCGGUUGGGUUCAGAAAUAACGGUGCGAGAUCGGGAAAAAAAUGUGGAUGUCUCGGCAUCGCGAAUGGUUGGAUGGAGAGGAGCUGCUGUGCGUUGAGUGGAGGGAGACGGCGAGAGAGAUGGAGGCGGGGGGGAAGGACCAUCUCUGCGGGGACUGGAGCCCAGGACCGACGGCGCAGUGCUGGCUAUCGUUCAACCCUCCCCUUCUUCCUCCACAACGACGCCGAGGCUCACGCCGAGAGACAGAUAAAAGACAGUACAACCACAAAUGAAUGGAGAAAUGGAGGCAACCACCCAAGACCAAGUUUGGGCACAGGAUGACCUCUUAAAAUUGCUGGAGGCCAUGAAAGUAGCCCUGCCUCAGAAGGACCUGACUAAAUACAAAACAUCAGAGUCCCACCUUGACUGGCAGAAGGUGGCAUUCAAUUCCUACACAGCAGAGAUGUGUAAGCAGAAGUGGCAGGAAGUCUCUAAAGAGAUUCGAAAGUUCAGGACUCUAACCGAACUGAUAGUUGAUGCUCAAGACUAUAUCAAGAACCCCUACAAGGGCAAGAAAAUAAAGAAACAUCCAGAUUUUCCCAAGAAGCCCUUGACUCCAUACUUUCGCUUCUUCAUGGAAAAGAGGGCCAAAUACGCAAAGUUGCACCCUGAGAUGAGCAAUCUAGAUCUGACUAAAAUCCUCUCAAAGAAAUACAGGGAGUUGCCUGACAAAAAGAAGAAAAAAUAUGUUGAUGACUUCUUAAGAGACAAGGAAUCAUUUGUGCAAAGUAUGAUGAAGUUCAGGGAAGAACACCCAGACCUUGUGGAGAGCAUGACCAAGAAAGGUUCAAAUGUCCCAGAGAAGCCCAAGACACCCCAACAGCUGUGGUACAACCAUGAAAAGAAGGCCUUCCUCAAAACACACCCAGAUGCGACCACCAAAGACAUAAAGGACAGUCUUGGCAAACAGUGGACACAGUUGUCUGACAAAAAAAGACUCAAAUGGAUCACAAAGUCCUUGGAGCAGCAGAAACAGUAUGAGGAGACGAUGCGAGAGUACAUCCAGCAGCACCCAGAGUUAAACAUGAACCAAGGGGCUAUAUCAAAAUCCACCCUGACCAAGGCCGAGAGGCACCUGAAGGACAAAUCUGACGGCCGGCCUGACAAACCACCGCCAAAUGGUUACUCUAUGUUCUGCGCGGAGUUGAUGUCCAGCAUGAAGGACGUACCCAGCACAGAGCGUAUGGUGAUGUGUAGCCAGCGGUGGAAGCUGCUGAAACAGGGCGAGAAGGAUGGCUAUCAGAAACGCUGUGAACAGAGAAAGAAGGAGUAUGAAAUUGAGAUGAACAGAUUUCUCAGUAGUUUGUCAGUGGAGGAGCAGCAGCGGGUCUUGGGCGAGGAUAAGAUAGGUUUUAAGAGGGGCAGUGGAGCCAGCAGUCCUGCCGCCAAAAAGAAAAACCCUAAAGCAAAAGCCAAUCCAGAGAAACCCAAAAGGCCCAUUUCAGCCAUGUUCAUCUUCUCUGAGGAAAAACGUCCCAAACUGCAGCAGGAGCGACCAGACCUUUCUGACAGUGAACUCACGAGACUGCUGGCGCGCAUGUGGAAUGAACUGCCAGAUAAGAAGAAGGAGAAGUAUAAACGCUUGGAAACAGUCCUGAAGGCAGAGUCAGAGAAGAAGGAGAAGGAAGAUCGUAGUCGUCUGCCAGACCCACCCAAGACUGCUCAGGACAUCUGGCAGCAGAGUGUCAUUGGAGAUUAUCUGGCCAGAUUCAAGAACGAUCGGCCGAAGGCACAGAAAGCAAUGGAAGCAACCUGGAGCACCAUGGAGAAAAAAGAGAAGAUCAUGUGGAUCAAAAAGGCAGCAGAGGAUCAGAAAAGAUAUGAGAGAGACCUGUGUGAGAUGCGCUCACCUGUUGCUGCCAUUGCCUCAGGGAAGAAGAUGAAGUUUGAGGGUGAACCCAAGAAACCACCAUCAAACGGUUAUCAGAAGUUCUCUCAGGAGAUGCUGUCCAAUGGAGAGCUGAAUCACCUCCCGAUGAAAGAGCGGAUGGCUGAGAUUGGCAGCCGCUGGCAGAGAUUACCGCUGAAGGACAAGGACCGCUACAAGAAGAUCGCUGAGGAAAAGCAGAGGCAGUAUAAAGUCCAACUGGAACAGUGGCUCGCCAGCUUGUCUUCACAAGAGAGAAACACUUACAAAGAAUAUAAUUCACAAAAAAGGAGAACAACUGCAAAACCAGGAGGCCCCAAGGCGAAGGUCAAGAAAUCUGACACCGAGGAAGAGGACGAUGAGGACGAAGAUGAUGACGAUGAGCAGGAAAAGGCUUCCUCUGACGCAGACUCAUCCAGCGAGGAUGAUGAAGACGAUGAAGAGGAUGAGGACGACGAUGAAGACAAGGAGGAAGAUGACGAUGAAGAUGAUGACGAGGCGGAGGACAAGGAGAACAAGUCAGAGGACAGCAGCAGCGAAUCGAAUUCACCAGGGACAUCAGACUCUGAUUCGGACUGAUGGAUCAGGUCGACGUCGUCCUGAGACGAACUGAGCAGCGCUGAGCUGAGCCAAGAGUCCAGGGAGCUCUGCCACUGUGCCAACCCUGCUCUCCUCCCACCACCAGAGGGAGCCCCUGCAUUGCCUCAUCCAUUUCACACUCACCCACUUUAUGUUGCUGCGCUGGUGAUCUGUACUCAUGGAGGGACACUGUCCUUAUGUCCAAAAUCUGUUUCAUUCCCUCCCCGCUGUGAUGGUCAUCUCACAGCACGGGCCGCUGACAUUAUGCCAAAAACAGCAUCCCACUGGUUUGGUGAUGUCAUGAACAUUUCUGCCGCUGGUUUCAAUCUUGAUUUGCAGGUUCAGUGGUUUAAGGUUAGAGUUUUAAUGUCCAGGGUAAUGAAUUACCCUCCAGUGUUUCUUCUAUUAUUCUGAUAAUUAGCUGGAGAUAGGUGGCAUGAGUUGUGAACAGGCUUCAUGGAGCCAAAGAACAUGUUAUGGGGAUCACUUUAGGGAAGGGGGGAUGUGCGGGGCACUGAAAAAUUGCACUCUUCAGAAUGUUUCAUUUAAUAUUUUUUUCCAGAAUUUUGUCGCUUUGUUCUCUAUUCUCAUGUUAUGAUGUAGAUUUUAUCAUUUGGUUCUUAAAGAGGUGGUAUUUUUUCAGGAAAAAAAACAAGCCAUUAUGAAUGUCUUUUUUUUUUUGUUGCUGGAAAAUUUCUGAACUUGUUUCUUACCUGUGUUUUCAUUUAAAAAAGACAGUGCCUAUAAAAUGUUCACCCCCCUUUUGACUUUUCAUGUUUUAUUGUUUUACAAUGUUGAACCAAAGUGGAUGUAAUGAGGCUUUUUGACACUAUUCACCGAAAGAAAGACUGAAACAUUUAUUAGAAAUUGACUUAUUUGCUGGACUUGUGACUACAACCAGCUGUGAUGUAGGGUGUAGUCAGAAGUACAGCAGAUUAGAACACGCAGAACUGAAACUGGCAUUGAUCCUGUUUUUACUCGCUGUAAAAUAGCAACGAGCUAAAGUAUCUAGAUUAAGCCAAAUACAAGACAACUGAUUACAUAUGUAUUCACCCUCUUUAGUAUUUAGUUAUAAGCAGCUUUUGCAGCAGUUACAGACUGCACUCUGUGUGGAUCAGCUUUCUAUACAUAGAUGCUGCAUUUUCCCCGUUUCUUUUUCCAAAACGGCCCAAUGUUGUGUUUAGCGACUGUGAGUAAACACCAAUUUCCAUUUCCUUCCACACAAUCUCUAGUGGAUUUAAGUCUGGCCGCACUUCUUGCACCAAAACGGCCUACUCUAAGCAGAUUUACAGCGGUGCUGUUUCUUUCUAAAAAGCAAUUGACCGUAUUAUAGUCUGCAGGCUAUUCCGUCCCUUGAACUAUUUCUUGUGUCUUUCCCCUGAAUGAACCUUAAGUAAACUUGUAGUUUAUUUGGAAUGUCCCUUCAUGUCACAGUGUAGUUUUUAUUAGAAAAUUAACUAAUAAGCUGUUGGAGCUACCAGAUGGAGGUUUGUCUACUGGUCAAACGUGACACAAGUGAUCUCCACACAACUUUUGUCUUAUUAAACAAUUGGCUCACCCUUUCAAUACCUAUGUAAUUGGUUAUUUGCAUGUUAUUUUAACACUUAAUACAGGUUAAUUUUUAAAGAUUUUCACUUAUCAUUAGUGUAAAAAAACAAAACUUACAUCUUACACUUACAUCCACUGUGCUUCAGUGUUGAAAAACAAAAAGGUCAAAUGUUGGUGGAUUACAUAUAUAGGCACUGUGGAUCCAUUGCCAUGUGUCUGUCAUUGAGAGUUGUCAUUUAUCAAAAUUUACCGACAUGUCUUGUAGUGCAUAAAUUCAGAAGUCUGAAACAAUCGUUUGACUCAGUUUGUUCUGGUCUGACAGUGACAAACUGUGUAGUGCUUGCAAUUUGUCAUUGAAGGGAUCACUUUUUUUCUACAUUAAGAGCUCAAUCUGACAGUUUUUAAAGAGUAUCUCAUACAGUUGGUGUAUAUUCCUUCUCUAAACCGUUGUUUUACAUUUCAUUUACGGUUUAUUUGACUUGUUCAUAGGUUUUUUGUUUUAAUUGUGAGGAGUUGCGUUCUGACCCAUCUGGAAUCAUUUGUGGAUGUGGAACUGUAUGGUUUCAUCUAUUUUUCUUUUGAAAUUUCAAUGGUAUGGACUGUAAUCUGUCUGGGUUUUAGUCUGAUGCUUAUCCCAAAAAAGUGUGCACUUAAUGUAAAUCUGUCCCUCUGUGUGAGUUUGUGUGCAUGCAUGCACAGAACUAUGUAUAUAUGAGGGUGUAUGUGUGUUUCUUUGCUUUAAUGUGUGCUAUUUUUGCUGUUUUGUUGCGUACCAUGAUGUGACUGCAGCGUGCAUGUAUGCCUGUGUGGGGACAUCAUACCAACACCAUGAAUGUAGAUAUUGUUAAAUUGUUAAUUUCUUUUCCUCUCCAAAGGUCUUUAGUAAUUCUUUUGCUUGGCGCCGUCAUGUCAUUUGUUACCUGAAAAUGGAAUUCCAUGACUGUCAUUUUGGGUCUGCAGACAGAUGAGUACAUGGCAACUAUUAAUAAUCCGUCAGUAAUGGACUGAUUUUGACCAUUAUGAAUCUCAUCACAAACUAAAAUAAAACCAGCGUGGACUAUUUAAAUAACUUUGGGAGGGAAAAGGAAAGUGUUUGUCGAAAUUGAUGGAUGGGAGUUUGUAAAAGGGAUUUGGGGAACUGAGUUGCCAGUGGAAUAUGGGUUAAAAAAAAAAAAAAAAAAAAAACUUGUAAUUUUUUUGUAAAUACUGUUUUUUGUAAUGAGUGCUUAUUGUUUUGUUAGUACUUUUAAUUUGGCAAACCCUCAUUUGUGACUUCUGAGGCCAGUGAGCCUUUCACUCACGGGGGAGAAUUUUUGGUUCAAUUCACCUGUUUUAGUUGUUGUUCUCUCCCUUAUGUUGGUUUAUAGAGAUAUCUAAGACAGCAAAGCUUUACAAGUUUGUACUGCUGAUCAUUUGAGAAAAUUUGAUGUUUUCUAUAGUUGAGGGUGUUCUUAUGUCCUUGUAGUUCAAGUAUUUGGGCAAAUAAAAAUGAUCUUUAACAGUUAAAA